UCGAGUUUCUUUUUCUGCCCGCUCUAGCAUCUUUGCCUUCUCGAGGGUCUGCCUCACCAUUGGCCUGCCAAAGACCACUUUCCCCUUUCCUCCCAAGCACCAAAUCUGGAAGUGGCCAUGACUUGAACGUAUCUUGGACCGGUCCAAUUCCUGGUAAUCAAGCGUCACUACGACCAUGUCGUUUAUGAUGGAUCAUGAGUCCGGAGGCAGGUAGGAAGAGUACAGGAUAUGGUGGGUUGGAAGGACAUGCGGAGUUGUCGAAAAUUCAAAACGAACGCGGAACGGGAGCAGAAGGGAAGCUGCAUGCCGAACGCACAUCGGAUUGUAUUUCAUUCCAGCGACAAUGUGGGUAGCCCAUUCAUUGUCGAUCCGGACGUCCUCAAUCACACGGAUAUGCCACGUCGCGUGCACGUCGAAUUCACGUCGAAUUCACGUCGAGUUUCCGCAUAUACCCUCCAUGACCGCAUCUUCAUCUAUCUCCCUAUGAUAUGGCGCAUACAUCCUUCCGGGUGUGACAACGAAUGCCACCUUAUGAAAAGCGUGUCACCUUUUUCCGCCGCCAUGCCUUGCGGAACCCCGUCUGCCAUCCAGGGAUGCCGACUUCAUAUUUCGCGGUUAUCUAAUUUAAAAGCCUAUCAGCAAACGCAUCCUCAUUCCAUCCAGAUCUUGGAGCGUCGCUCGAUCCAAUCACCUCCCCGAGCAGCCAAGGUCGACUCACUUUACUUUUCCCACUGCCACACCAACACCGUUAGCCGCGGACUUCUCGUUUGCCUUCCUGCCCUUUGCACUUGGGCGUUCACUAAUUUGUAUCCCAUAGUGUCCACUCGCUACACCUCAAGAAAACACGAUCGGCUAUAUCCUGCACAGUCCCUAGCACCUUCAGUUCUUGAACGGCUGCAUCUUAGAUUGGUGAAUCUUCCGAUUAGGAGUUUCUACAUUCCCAAGCCUUCCUUGGCGAUCCACGUUCAGCCAACCGGCGGACUCGUUAAUUCGUGCUCUGCUGCAAAGGAGUACUCCUUUCGAAGUGCUCAUCCGCCAGGAAAAUACUAGAUCGCAAUUCAUUCCACACCCACUCCUGGAUGCAACUUGCAAGGGGUUCCACCUUUUCGGCUUCUUCUAUACCUCUCUUUUCGGUUCUUCCCGUAGCCAACAUUCACUCUUUAAAGUAAUAGUUUAAUUCUUCAAAGGCUCUGUUGUUACACUUCCCUGCUUCUCAAUUCUUUCGGAAAACACAGACCAGAGACCU